UUUGUUUGGUCCGGAAGUUGGGAUUGGGAUUCACGUAGAUGGCUUUAACGAACUUCAUCUUGACGGUGGCCGGAGUUGGCGCUGUGGUUCUUCUUUUGAGGAGCGAUGUGAAGCAAUCGGCUUCAAUCUUCAGGCGCAACGUCAAGCACAUCCGCCAGUGGCUUGAAGAAGAAUCUACCUCUGCCUCCAAUGCUGGUGGUAGUGGAGGCUUUUGUUUUAUGUUGUUUGCUCCAUGA